AUGUCGUUCCAGGGCGUCCAUCUUUGCGGUUCCCUCCCCUUCGAGUCAGCACAAGAGAGCUUCGAGCAGAUUGGCAGCGCACUUGGUGACUAUCUGUACCGCCUGCCGGACGGCGAGACCAACGAUGGUCGGCAAAUAUGGCUAUUGUGUCAAUCUGGACUUUUCGAAGGCGGUAGACCUGAGCUGAUGCAUCCUGACCUGAAAGUUAUGUUUUCACACCUAGCGACAAAAGGCGCUUCUGAUAAGGCGGCCCAGGCAGAGCAAGCUCUAGACUAUGAAGCUAUACUUCAGGACUUUCAGCCAAAUUACGAUACUUGGGCGAUCGAGUCGUACAGAAUCUUCAAGCAGCUAAAAGAGUCUGGCAAACUUGCUCAACAUCUCAAAUUCCAGGUUAGCGUUCCCACACCAUUAGCUGUUGUGACUCUCCUGAUCGCUGUAAACCAUCGUUCUGCCAUUGAGCCAAUCUACACCCGUAAAUUGAGAGAGUGUAUACUUCGUAUGCAAGCUGAGAUCCCUCAUCAAGAUCUUGCAAUCCAGUGGGACUGUGCAGCGGAAAUCGCGAUGAUCGAAAAUGUUCCUGGAUAUGCUGGGAUGUUGCCAGAAUUCUUUGUCCCUCACUUCGAGAAAGGAGCUGAUGUCCAAGCAGAGGCUGUCACGCGCAUGAUCGACCUUGCAAGUUGGAUUGAUGCCGAUGUUGAGCUUGGGUACCAUCUCUGCUAUGGCGAUCUCGGACAUCAGCCAUUCAAGCAAGCGACCGAUGUCUCUGUGCUAGCGGAUGUAAUUGAGACGUUAUGCUCUAACAUCGAUCGCUCGUUGGAGUUCGUGCAUAUUCCUGUGCCACUGAACGAGGUCAAGACGUAUCUACAGCCACUGACGCCUCGAGCACUAAAGAUGCUUACAGAGAGAAAGACUCAUUUGUUUCUUGGAUUGGUGAACGGUAAUCGUGAGCAGGAGGUUCAUGAAGCUAUUGAGGUUGCACGAAAAUUAUUCGUCAAUAUACCUGCUUCUGAACAGUUAAGAUGGGGCAUCGCCAGUCAGUGCGGAAUAGGGAGAACACCAAAGGAAGAAGCGGAGGGUGUUGUGAACAUUACGAGAAGACUGGCUGAGCCUGUUGUAAUGACUUGA